GUAGUCGGUUCCUCGUAUUAAGAUUCCAACGACAACGUUGAAAAACAUCAUUUGUAUUGAUUGUUCAAAUUAAUUUUCACGUGCAGUUCAAUUUAAAGAAAAAAAGAAAUACUAAUACAGUGGCUAUAAUGGCCAACCAUGAUGAAGGUUAUAGAAAUAUGCUAGCUAGUUUCCGGACCAACGAUUUGCAAGCACUAUUGGGAACCUACGGUCAAAAUAGAGCAGGAUGCAAAUCUGAAUUAAUAGAUCGAGCACUUGAAUUGUUAAGAACUAGACAACCCGGCUUUAACCGUUCAGCAUAUAUAGCAAAGAUAUAUGAAAUUCAUCGUUCCAUGCAAUCAGAUUUGCCUCAAAAUAAUAAUAUUGUGAUUCGUGGCUUAGUACCAAUACAGCAAAGGCCAGUUAUGAACAUGAGACAGAUACAGAAUCCACAACAAAGAAUGUACCAACCACCACAAUAUCCUCAACAGACACUGUAUGCGACCCGGCCUGGAUUACCACGGCUUAUACCUCAACAUCAAAGAAGCAUUUAUGGUAAUCCCAUUGGAGCAAAUAACAUGGCUAACAAUAACAUUCAAUAUGUAUCUGGCAAUUAUCAGUCUUCUGGACCUCGUUCUACAGUGUCUUCACAUUUAUCCUCAAAUCAACAAAUGAUUGCUGGCUUACAAGAUGGAUCAGGGUAUAAUAAUAUGAAAGGAUCGUCAGGGGGAAACAAUCCUUACUUCCCUUCUCCUGAAAUUGUAGCUCAAAUCAAGUUCAAAAAGUUACCAUUUUAUGAGCUAAUUGAUGCAAUCAUUAAGCCAACUAUUCUUGUUGGUUCUGACAGAUGUACAUUACAAAGCUUUCCUAGAGGUGCGAAAGAAACAUUAUUCAAAUGUUUUAUAUCUCUUGAAAACGUCAAUUAUGUUACCAUGAAUCGUGAUAUUUCACCAGGAAAAAAUGAAUAUAUUUAUCAGUUCCAGAUUCGAUUUAGUCAGUUACCAGAACCUAUAAAUAAGGAAGUAACUGAUUUUCUGCCUCUUGGACUUCACAUUCGAGUUGGUUUAAGAACAUGUACAUUGCCACCUACUGCUCCUAAUACUCGUCCAGGAAUUUCAGCUAGGCGAAUUUCAAGUCCUAUCGAUUGCACACAAAUUAUGAAACUUGCUCCAAUUGUCCCCAACAUGAUUUAUAUAAAUUGGACUCCUGAUGGAAAAAACUAUGUUGUGUGUAUGAAUCUUGUGAAAAAAUUAACUCCAGAAAUAUUGGUACAAAAACUUCAAGAUAAAGGAGGUAGAAGUUCAGAAGAGACCAAAAACUAUAUAAUUAAAAAGUUAACAGAUAUUGAUCCAGAUUUUGCCACUACAUCUUAUCGAUUUUCUUUGGUGUGUCCAUUGGGUAAAGCGAGAAUGAAGUUACCUGCAAAAUCUAUCCAUUGUGAUCAUUUUCAAUGUUUUGAUGCUAGUACAUUUAUUUUAAUGAAUGAAAAAAAGCCAACAUGGAUGUGCCCAACAUGUAAUGCACCUUGUUUGUACGAUGACAUACAAAUAGAUAAUUAUUUUUUGGAAGUCGUCUCAAGUCCAAUACUUCAGGACUGCAAUACGGAAAUUGAAAUUUUGGCUGAUGGUACAUGGAAAAUUUUUGAAGAGAAUAAAGAGGCAGAAACUUCAACUAGUACUCGUGAUAACAAAUUAAAACAUAUUGAUACCGUGGAUUUAGAUAGUGACAAUGAAAUAUCCGAUAAUCCGAAAGCAGAACUUAACCCUGAAAUUGCUAAACGCCAAGAAACCGAAAACUUUAAUUUAGUUGAUUUAACAUUAAGUGGCGAUGAAGAACAACCAGAAGAAAAAGAUAAACAGGAAAAUGAGGCCCAAGCCGCUGAUGCUAUACAACCAAUUAUUGUUGUAGUUAAUCCAGAAGAUCAAGAAGAGUUGCAACAAGCUGUAACUAGUUCUGAUCAAGUAGCUGUAAUUGAAAUUGACAGUCCAUCUCCUCCUUCAAGUCCUACCUCUACGACUGAAGCCUCCUAA